UUAAGCUGUAAUUACUAGCCUACUUUAUCAUUUGCCUUUCACGCGCGAAAAGCUUAAACCCUCUAAAACUGUUAAACAGCUCUUUCUACAUUUUCCAUACCUCGAACUCGAAGGCGGAGGAUUCAUCUUAAGUUCAAAUGUAUAGAACGUCAACGCGUUCGAUUAGUUCCAAAUAAAGUUUCAAGCGCUGCAUUUGAAGAGAAGCGCGCUCAGGAAGCUGAUCGUGUUCGCUGCUCAGCUGUAUUUCUGUUGGCUGAGUGCAGACCCUGCCCUGAUUGCCUUAUAUCCAUGUCUAUUGACGUGUAGAGAGCAGAUGGAGGCAGAGGGACUGAUCUGAUCUCUAGUCCUCAGAGGUCAUUCUCGCUACAGUUACAGCCACUUGUUGCCAAAUCGCUCAGAGACGGCGAGCGCGUCGCGAAACCGUUUUCAAAAAGAGCUAUUUCUUUGCUUUCACGACACACAUCUAGAUGUUGAGACGGGAAUACAACCACUUCUGACUCUGUUUUGGGGAAAAAGGUCACUUUUGAGCAAAUUCGUCGCAUUUGACGGGAGAAGCAUGGUUGACAACACAAGCAUAGCAACUAAAUCUGCACUGCAAGCCGCUUUUUCGUCGGCGAGCACUCUUCCUCUGUUGGUCAGCUCCUCCGGCGCACACAGUCACUCCAGCGGCGGCAGCGGGAUGAAGCUGGAAGCGGUCAUGGAGAACCUGCAGCGACAGCAGGCGGCUCGAAUCGCCCUGGAAGAGAAACUUCGCCAAGCCGAAAAGGAGAAAGACAUCAGGUCUAUGGUGGAGUCGCAAAUUCAACAGCAAGCUAUCGCUUUCCGCCACUAUCAAGCAGCGGUGAGGGGGGCGUUCGGUCCGGGAGUCCCGAACCCGAGCUCCGGCCACCCACUUGAGCGCACAGCCGAGUCCGACAUCGAUGAUGAUGAUGAUGACGACCCAGACCUGGACCGCGGCAUGGAUGAUGAAGACCGCGACUUGGAGGAAGAUGACAGUAUGAAUGAGGCUGGAGGGGAUGAAGAUUUAGAAGGACCCCUGGCUCAUUACCCACCGCGCCAUGCUGUUUAUCCCGGUGCCGGCCAGUCUCCAAAAAGUACUCCCAUACAUCUGUCCAGAGUCCAGCCAGCCUAUCCAGCUCCUAGACAGGCUGAAUCACCGAGUGGUUUGGCACCACAAGCACAAUCGCAGCACCACGAAUGGACUUAUGAGGAACAGUUCAAACAGUCAGGCCAAGGCAGCGGGCCAGGGAGGAAGCUGAAAGAUUCGAGUGUUGCUUUCGGUGGCGGUGGCUCUUCGUCUCUGAUUCAGGAGCUGUACGAACUAGACGAUGACGAGAAAAGGAAGGAGUUUCUUGACGAUCUCUUCAGUUUCAUGCAAAAAAGAGGGACUCCAGUGAAUCGGAUUCCUAUCAUGGCCAAGCAGGUGUUGGAUCUCUACACUCUCUACAAGCUUGUCACCGAAAAAGGCGGCUUAGUGGAAGUCAUCAAUAAGAAAAUAUGGCGCGAGAUUACCAAAGGCCUGAACCUCCCUACCUCCAUCACCAGUGCGGCUUUCACCCUCCGAACACAGUAUAUGAAGUACCUCUAUCCUUAUGAAUGUGAAAAGCGGGGACUGAGCUCUCCCGGGGAGCUUCAGGCAGCUAUCGACAGCAACCGUCGUGAAGGACGGAGACAGAGUUAUGGUUCCACGCUCUUUAACUACUCCCCCGUGGGAACCCCCACACUGCUGGCUUCCCCAAAACUCCAGAUGCCCCACAUCAGCAUGCCCACUCCCAACGGCGGGCACAUGACUCAGACCCCUGUUAUCAAGAAAGAGGACUCCAUGCUGUCCAACUGCCUGACUAACAGGGUGGGUAUUCCUGUGUCUUUGGCCAGCCACCACAGUGCGGCCCAGGCGGCUGCGGCUCAGGCUGCAGCUGCAGCAGCUGUGCAGGCGGCCGCGUUGGAGCAGCUGCGGGAGAAGCUGGAGUCUGGAGAGCCGCCGGAGAAGAAAGUGAUGCUCAUGGCAGAAGAGCAGCAGAGGAUAAUGCAACAUGCAUUACAGCAGAAUCUCUUCGCCAUGGCAACCCAGCUACCCAUGAACAUCAAACUGAACAAUAGAGAUGAUAGACAAGAGACUGCAUUGAACCUGUCUACCAACGGCAUUAGCAGCAUCAACAUGUCAAUAGAAAUAAAUGGGGUUGUCUACACAGGGGUCCUGUUUGCCCGUAAGCCAGCCAUAGGUUUCAUGCCAGGCAGCCAGCGAGUUCAUCACCAACACAGCUCUCAGGGAAAGAGCAGCAGCCCAGGGCUCAGCACCCAGAUGCAGCCGUCCUCCUCUUCCUCCUCCACCGCCUCCUCACACGGACCAGCCACCUCCCCUUGAGCUUUUCCCCAGCCCACAACACCUCAACUCUCCCCCGACGUCAGACAAGGCAGGGUCUUUAGGUCAUUCUGCUGGACCAGUUUUUUUUUCUGUCUCCUUCAAUGUACAAUGUACACUUUUUACCGUUUUUUCUAACCCUCCUCCUGCGAUCAAGACAGGAGCGUCCAUCACUUCCAUUAAAACGAAAGGCUGAGCACCAACAGCUGAUAGCCGCACAUUUGAAGUGUGGUACAUUUACAUAUGCAGCAAGAUGCAGCUUGUAAUUUUGUUCUUCUUUUGAGGAUGCGUUAUUCAGUGUGGAGCGACUUAAACGUACUGCGUGACGAUGCGAACGCACACAAGGAGGACGGGAUGUUCCUCAGACAGAGCGCUGGCCUGCUUGAAUGUUGCAUCAAAGCAAGAUUCUUCACUUUCCUACACAAAUCUUCAUCUUGAAUCAAACCCGCAAGAGCUACUAUCAGCUAUUACCAAAGAGAAUAUUAGUGGUUUAUUUGAUAAAUUCACAGAGUUUUAUCACCACUAUCUGAUGCCGGUUACCAAAAUGAAUUAUCAAGCCGAAUUAUUAAUAUCUUGGUUUUAAGCAAAGCACAUCCCAUUAAACUUGGGCAUCAAAUAGUCAGGGAGAAAAAGUUAUUUACUGUAUCACUGCGUAAAUAUAUGUUUGUAAAGAAAAGAUAUCAUUACAUCCAUCAAAGCAGUACACAAUCUUAAAAAGACUGGGAGAAUCAUAAAUGAUACGGAGGAUAGUAGACAGGAUUAUGUCUACUAUAUUCCCUCGUGACCGGUUUUGGCCUGCGGCCUUGGCGAAAUAUAUUCCAUUGAUUAGUGAGUUAUUUGGGGAACACUUGUCGACAGUGUUUAAUGAUUUUCCACCACCACAGCCCGUGUUUUAUAGCAAAGAGUUUUAAGUGUUCAUUAAACGGUUUAGUAGACGGAAAAACGGGUCACGCCGGUUAAUACAGGUUUUAGAAGUCAAGGGUCAAAUGAUAUUGCGACACGUGACUGUGAGCCGGACGUUGAUCGUUAAGAAACGGUUGAGUACUUCAACCAGAAACGAGAGGCUCUUGAGAAGAAAAUGAUGUGGCGUGAGCAGGCUGAAUGUGGCUCAUCUUAGGCAUCAGUUCAUGAGGUGAGAUCUCUGUUGUGAAUAGAAUCCAAUUUUCAUUACGUUUUAAACAAUGCACUUGCAUUUGAGAGUUCACCUCUCGUCCUUUAUUCCAUUCUCCAUUUUUUUUGCUCACACUCUUUUCUUAUCUCUUUUCUGUUGGUAAGGAAAUGGGAGGACAUUAUCGUGUCAUUUUUUUAGAAUUCAGUAGACAAGUUGUAUUUAUUAUUAGUUCUGUUCUCUUCCUUUCGUGUUGAAACUUGGGCUGUUUCAGUGCUUUUAGCAACAUCGCUUUUUAUUUAAAGAAAAAAGUCAUAUUGCAGCCUGAUACCUCACAAAUCCUGCGAACCUGUACACAGAUAAUAGAUUAUGAAAACAAGAUAUACCUCAUUUAUUUCAUUUCUAUUAUUUUUAUUGUGAAGCCACUUGAAAAUGUUUUUUCAACAAAUCACUGGAUUUUGUUUUCUAUUUUGUAUUGUUUUACCAAAGAAGGGAAUAUAUGAUGAACACACAUCUACCUCAUUUGUUAUAGACUGUGCCAACAACAUAAUCACAGCAGCCAGUUUUUAAUCAUAGCCUUUCUGGUCCAAAUUCACUUUUGCCUGCGUGAUUUAUGCUGCUGGACCACACAGGGCUUGACACGGCGUCAUUUGCUUUGCUUGUAUGUUUUUUUGUCAGUGGCAUUUUUGUUAAUGCACGGGGAGAAAAAAAUACUAGAAGGACUAUAUUUUAUGAGUACAACUGUUCUGAUCUGAUCGAGCUUAUUCUUUACAGUAUCAGUAGAUGCAACAUAUCUUAAGUUAAGCUGCAACCUUUGGCGUUUCGUUAAUUAAGUGUUUUAGCUUUACGGUUUGCGGCAGUUCCAUUGAUGCCAGUGUUUGAGUCGUCAUUUCUGUCAACAUAAUGUGGCUUUCAUAAAAUAUAUAAUCUAAUCUAAAUCUAAAUGAACUAAAAACUAAAAAAAAAAUCCAUUGUUUUCUUUUAUACUCUCUUUAAUGGGAUCUGAAUGUGGAGACGUGCUCAGAACGGGACUUUUUUUUUUUUACAAAUACCAAAGAUCUGAUAUUGCUGGGUUGACAAACUCUAACCCGAUACUGUCAACUUUUAAUCUGAAGCAGCAGAAACAUGUUUUUAUUUGAUCCUGCUGCGGCAAAACUUUUUAUUUUAAGCACUUGGAUCAAAAUGUUUUCAAAAAAAAGGCCAAGCUGUAUAUUCAGUUAGUCUCAGUGCACGGAUGGCAAUCUAAGAAUGUAAUAACAGUUUUCAGAGUUUUAGCACAACUAACGAUUACUGAAACGAGUAAACCUGACCAUCAUUUUGUUGUUGUAUAGGUGCAAGGAUUAAUGGAAAUAUAUAGUCUAUAUUUAUGUGGAAUUACCGAGGGCACAAUCAAUGCACAAUUGUCUGAUUCCUGUUGUUCGAUGUGAUUUACCUCUUGAAGAGACUUUGCUCUUAUUUUUUCACAGCAUUGGCACAGUCUGUUUCUUCACAUGGCUGUUUGUUCUCUCUUCAGCUCAUGUCACUAGACUGCAGAGCUUUCUAGAGCAAAUCCUGGACAAACUCUGGACUGCUUGUUGACUGUAAAGCAAAAAAAACACCAAUCAGAGUGAUUCCAUAACCAAAGCUUUUACGAAAACCACGUUCACAGGCUUACUGAUGACAAUGUUGGAACAUUUGUUCAUAAAAAGACUAUCAUUUUAAUAAUGGUUAAGAAAAAAAAAAGAUUCACUCAUGUGCUUAAAGAAUAACAUGUUGUUUACCUUGUUUAGCUAUGUCAACGAUGCUAUGCUGGUAGAUUUUAGAUCCUAUUAUACGCUGUGUAUGAAGCUUAUUUUCCUUUUAUUCACUUUGGAUAAAUCCAGUGCAUUAUGGGAAAGCUGGAUUGUGGUGCUCAGGGGUUAAAAAAAAGAAGAAAAAAAACUGGUGAAAGAUUUUUUUGUUUUGUUUGUUUUGCCAUUGACUUGUAGCAUAAUUAGAAAUAAAGUACUGCUUUCCACUUUAAUGUCCAUUUGAGUAUUUCUUUGGGUUUUAAU